CUCUAUACUUUUUUUUAUUUUACAUGGAUUGGACUGAAGAAGCUUUUACAUCAGAGAUCUUGUUCAACAAACAGCUUCUCAAUUUGUUUUUGAAAAUGUUUUGCCCGGUUUUGUAUAUUAUAAUGAUUAUAAUGCUUAUUACAAUCACGAGACCGGGUAUUUUUAUUAUCCGGUUUGAAUCUUCUUUAUAUUUUCAUCCUUCUACACAAUUAUAUUAUUAUUACAAUGAACAAACUAAAGCUUAUGAAGUUUACGAAAACAAAGAUGAAAAUAAAUGGACUAAAAAUAAAUAUAAAAAAAGAGCAGCGAAUUUAUUCGGAGAAAAUUUUGUUUUGGAUGCAAAAUUGGAAGAUAUUUUAGUGACAGAAUUAAUUUUUGAUUUGGUUGAUAAAUGUUCUUUUCUUGCUGGGGAUUAUCCAAUUAAAGAAACUAAGAAAAGGAAAAUGUUUGAUGAAGAAAUUUUUGAUGAAUAUAAAGUUUGUACAAAGCAGACUUAUUUUGAUCCAACACUGUCUAGCGAUGAUGAAUUAGAUGAAAAUACGAGUAUUUCUUUUGAUAAUGAAUUGAAUAGGAGAAUAGAUGAAGAACAAAUAGCUUGUAAUGCUCCAUGUAUUCGUUUAUUAGAAUUUCCUUCAAAUAAUUUACAUAUUAUAACAAUUUUGGGUGCUUCUAUUGGCUUUGGACUAAAUGCUGAUAUUAAAUUAUUAAAUUCUCAACAAUUUUUUAAUAAAGAAAUUUUAUUUUAUAUAAAUUAUUUUGAAGAAGGAAAUAAUGGAAUUUAUAAAUUAAAAUUGGAAAUUGACGAUAUUAUUCUAAAAUUAAAUGAAAAACAAAUUAAGUUAAAUAAAGAAUAUAUUAUUUGUCACGGUGAUCAAAUUCAAAUAGAUAAUUCUCAUUCUUUACAUAUACACAUUCAUCGUGGACUAAAUACCUGUCAGGGUUGUGAGCCUGGGAUUUUAGUUUCUUCAAAUAAAAGGUUUUUAAUAGAAAAUGUUAUUUUUAAAUUUACACGAUGAGUUGGAGUAUUUGUAAUUAUGGUCACAAAUCCUAUAUAAGAAUUCUUGGGUAGCU